AAACUAACUUAUUGGAAGGAGAACUAACUUAUUAAAAAGAUCUAUUUCUGAACUGUAGAGAAACGUCAAUCCAGUCGUCGGCCUUCAGUGUUUCUUGACAUUUAUGUUUGUUUUUAAAAUAGUUUGUUUCUCGUUAUUUCCCGUUUUGUGUUGUUAUUGACUACUGAUAUUAUAACUAAUGUGUAUUUAGGCACCUCUGCCUAUUUACUUAUAUCAUUGCUCGAUGUCACACAAACAUUUUAAUAAACUUAAAGUUUUCCUUGCGUCUAGUAUUUUACCGAAACGAAUUUGGUCACAAACAUCCAGCCAAAGUUAUUGUGCAGCAAAAUUGAAAAAUAUGGACGCAGUCAAAUCGAUGAAGGACUUGGGAUACGCCUUUAAUGCCGAUGGCCAAUUACGUAAAGUUGAUGCGGACGGGCAGCCAACUGAUGAACCAUUUCAAUUUAAUGUUAGUAAUCAGCAUCAGGAAUGCCAAGCUCACUAUGAGGAGCUGGGCAAUGUGGUCACAGACUAUGUUUACCAUUUAAUGGAAAAUGAAUUGAACCUGGCAAGGUUGCCAGUACCAAAGGACUCACAAGCCGGCACAUUUAUAUUUGGUUCCAAGGAUUAUGAUCAGAAAGAUGUGUUGCUAAUCCUUAUUCAUGGCUCUGGAGCAGUUCGUGCUGGACAAUGGGCUAGAUCGCUCAUUAUAAAUGACAACUUAGACAUGGGAACACAAAUUCCAUACAUAAAAAAAGCAUUAUCCAAAGACUAUGGAGUAUUGGUACUAAAUCCUAACGACAACUGUUUGCCAAACGGCAAAAAGAUACCGCACAGCAGUACAGGUGAAGAACACACAAUAUAUGUAUGGAAUACCUACAUCAAGAAUACUAAAGCAACAUCUAUAGCCGUUGUUGCACAUAGUUAUGGUGGUGUAUUAUCUGUCACAUUAGCAGACCAACUAAAGAAAGAGUUUGAGAAGAGAGUCAAAGCUAUUGCAUUCACAGAUUCUGUGCAUGUGUAUUCAAAUAUAAAAAUUACUAAGUAUUUAAAAGAGGUAGCUAGAAACUGGAUAUCAAGUCCAACUCCACUAGACACUCCAAUGAAUACUCCUGAAUUUGACAUACCAAGAGUUUCAGCUGGACAUCAAAAACACGAAAUGACAUCAUACUCAUGCAUGGAAUCAGUUUUCAAAUUCAUUGAGGAAAAAGUUUCAAAACAAUAAUUAGUUUUGAUUUAAGGCAUUAUUACACUGUUAGUAUAUAUAUAAGUGGGCAUUUAAGUAUGUAUCAUUGUAAUAAGACAAAUAUACUGUAUUUUACAAUAAAA